AUGGCCGCAAAGGAUAAAGUAGAUAUGUCUUUGGACGAAAUAGUCAAGCUUAACAGAAUUCAAAACAGAAGAGGAAGAGGUGGACGUGGAAGAGGAGGUAGAGGAGGCGGUGGAGCUCCUGGGAGAAGUCGUAGAGGUGGGAUAACCAAGAAUAGACCGACGCCAUAUACAAGAGUAAGUGCUUUGAAUUUUUUUUCCCUUUAGAAUAAGACUUGGCAGAUUAGUAUAAGAAACUCUCUUUACCUCUUCCUCUCUCUGUUGUAUUCGAAAUAUAGAUCUCAAGUUUUUGGUUUGAGAGUCUUAUCGCUUUCAAAGAUAUGUUCGUUCGUGCGCUCUCGUUCUUUCGAUCUUCAUCGCUAGGGAAAAGUUUGAGAAAUUUUUAAGCUAUCUUUUCUCUGUUCAGCUUCUAUUUCAUAGCACUCACUUUAUUUCUUUUAAUAUAUUUCAGCCUAAACAGUUACCAGAUAAAUGGCAGCAUGAUUUGUUCGAUGGCGACACCGGUUUUCGGGGGGGAAGAAAUCGCGGUGGUGGAAUUUCUACGGGCUGUAAACUUUCCAUUUCAAACCUGGAUUUUGGCGUCUCGGAUUCAGACAUUCAGGUAAACUUACGAUCCUUUGAUCUGGUAUGAUUUCUUAAGAUUUCCUUAGAUUAUUCGCGUUGCUGUGCCUAAAUUGUUAAGAGUCAAAGUCAGAUUGUUCGAAUCCAGCAGUGAAUGUCAUCUACAAGUUAGCCGUUAUUAUUUGAAUCUUUGUUGAAGUGUUAAUUUUGAGUGAUCAAUAAGAUAUUAGAACUCACAUAGCCUUUAUAUAUUGCUAUGAAAAUGGAAGAGUUUGCUAGGCCGAUUUGUGAUCAUGGGAAAAUAAUUAUAGGGAAGAAAACCUCAGAAAGAAGGAAAGUUCAGGCGACUACCAUCAUUUUGUUUUGAUUGUUGAAGUGUUGUGAACAGAAAGAUAAAGGAAAAAUAAAAUUAAAAAAAAAAACAGAAAGGAGAAAUCUUUUAUGCAUAUGUUAUUUUCAAUGAAACAAUUAAGGAUUAACCCAGAAACAAGCCCACAAGGCUGUGCUCUAAGGAAAAUUGAAGGAAGCCCAGUGCUCUGAAACUGUAAAAUUUAGGGUGCCCAGCAUAUGAUUUAUAUGAAAAAUCUGAGAUUUUCUAGUCGCCCGUGGGCAAAAGUUAGGCGCCAGGGGCCACUGGGCUCUGCUAGAGCACAGCCCUGAGACCAGUAAAUUGUUGAAUACCAAACUGUGGUUUUCCAAGGGUGCCUUUGAUAAACCUUAUAAUUUCUGGAUUGUUCCCUUUAAAUAGUACAAAGGAAAGUAGAGCCUUCAGUUGCUUUCUUAGGCUUUUCUUGAACUGUUUUUNUCUCUUUACCUCUUCCUCUCUCUGUUGUAUUCGAAAUAUAGAUCUCAAGUUUUUGGUUUGAGAGUCUUAUCGCUUUCAAAGAUAUGUUCGUUCGUGCGCUCUCGUUCUUUCGAUCUUCAUCGCUAGGGAAAAGUUUGAGAAAUUUUUAAGCUAUCUUUUCUCUGUUCAGCUUCUAUUUCAUAGCACUCACUUUAUUUCUUUUAAUAUAUUUCAGCCUAAACAGUUACCAGAUAAAUGGCAGCAUGAUUUGUUCGAUGGCGACACCGGUUUUCGGGGGGGAAGAAAUCGCGGUGGUGGAAUUUCUACGGGCUGUAAACUUUCCAUUUCAAACCUGGAUUUUGGCGUCUCGGAUUCAGACAUUCAGGUAAACUUACGAUCCUUUGAUCUGGUAUGAUUUCUUAAGAUUUCCUUAGAUUAUUCGCGUUGCUGUGCCUAAAUUGUUAAGAGUCAAAGUCAGAUUGUUCGAAUCCAGCAGUGAAUGUCAUCUACAAGUUAGCCGUUAUUAUUUGAAUCUUUGUUGAAGUGUUAAUUUUGAGUGAUCAAUAAGAUAUUAGAACUCACAUAGCCUUUAUAUAUUGCUAUGAAAAUGGAAGAGUUUGCUAGGCCGAUUUGUGAUCAUGGGAAAAUAAUUAUAGGGAAGAAAACCUCAGAAAGAAGGAAAGUUCAGGCGACUACCAUCAUUUUGUUUUGAUUGUUGAAGUGUUGUGAACAGAAAGAUAAAGGAAAAAUAAAAUUAAAAAAAAAAACAGAAAGGAGAAAUCUUUUAUGCAUAUGUUAUUUUCAAUGAAACAAUUAAGGAUUAACCCAGAAACAAGCCCACAAGGCUGUGCUCUAAGGAAAAUUGAAGGAAGCCCAGUGCUCUGAAACUGUAAAAUUUAGGGUGCCCAGCAUAUGAUUUAUAUGAAAAAUCUGAGAUUUUCUAGUCGCCCGUGGGCAAAAGUUAGGCGCCAGGGGCCACUGGGCUCUGCUAGAGCACAGCCCUGAGACCAGUAAAUUGUUGAAUACCAAACUGUGGUUUUCCAAGGGUGCCUUUGAUAAACCUUAUAAUUUCUGGAUUGUUCCCUUUAAAUAGUACAAAGGAAAGUAGAGCCUUCAGUUGCUUUCUUAGGCUUUUCUUGAACUGUUUUUUCUACAGUUUAACUGACACAACAAAGAUUCGAAGUGAUUUGACUUUCAGAUGGAGAGAAUUUGUAGCAGACUGUCUGCAAUUAAAAAAAUGAUCCAUUAAACAACCUCAAGUCUUUUGUUGACGGUAUGAGUUUAUUCUAUGGUCAGCCUAGGGUUUCUGAUCCCAAUGUCAUUAAAAAAUAAUCUUCUGUUUUAAUGCUCAGGAAUUGUUCAGUGAGUUUGGGCCGCUGAAGAAAGCCACUGUCCACUAUGAUGUUUCAGGCCGAUCCCUUGGCACGGCAGAAGUCAUUUUUCAGCAGAGAGAUCAUGCACAGCGUGCCAUGAAACAGUAUAACGGAGUGCCUCUUGAUGGUAAAAUAUGUUAAUUUUUUUAUUGAUUGAGUCCGGUCAGCACCAUCUGGCUGGCAAGACCUCAUCCAGCAGCAAUCAUCGGGCCAUUCAUUGGGCUUGGUUACUGUUGGGGCUCAAUCUAAAGUGUACUACAAAGGCUGCAGCCCCACCACAGAUGUUCCUUGGCAUGCUUCAUUUUCACCCCAGCUCAGCCAGGUGUCAAAAACACAGCUUUGGGCUCAAACUGGAGUCAUCUUGUCUCCACCCGUUGCAGAGUUGUUUCCACCUUUUCUGGUAAUACUGACCAUGAUGUCUUUCUAGCUGGUUUGUUUGCUGAUUACACGUGGCUUACACAAUCUUUAAGAAACUAAAUUCCAGCAGGUGUGGUGUAAAUUUUACCAUUUGUUGUAAGAGUCAGUAAUGCUUCAUUUGGCCUCUGUUUAAAAAUCUUUAAAAUUUUCACACCUUCGAUACAUAGACUGUGUGAGCCAUGUAAAGUGUAGUUUUAAAAGUUUUAGACAUUGUAAAUAAAUAAUUACAUAAAAAUAGUAAACUUGGUCUUGAAAUGAAAAAAAAAAUUAAUUUAGAAGGUUCUGAAAUGCUGUUGUUGUGCAUUCAUUUGAGUUUAGAUUAUGACUCUGUACCCACUGAAUUAAGUCAUUGAUGACUUAGAUUCUGCUGUAAAUGUAGGAAAAGUACUGGGUUCGUCAAUUUCUGUAGAAUAAACAAUACACUUGGUUUUCAAUCUUUAACUGAUAGUAAAUGUUGUCCUGGUGAACAGAAAACAUUAAGGUUCAGGUUUGUUGCACCUUCAAUUUCACUAAAAAGUGAAAAGUUAAAUUUGACUGAUGUGAAAUUUAGGUAGCUGUAAAAAAGUCACUGUAGUUACAGGUGAUUGCCACUCUUAGUGCUUGUAUCGUUGGUCAUUUAACAAUAAUAAUUGUUGUUGAAUGUUUUAGGGAGAGAAAUGGUCAUUGAACUGAUCACCAGUGGGGCAAGUGUUAGAGGCUCCCAAGGUCAAGGACAAAGGUAAUUUCUCAUUUGUUGUUAAAAUCCAUAAUCCCAUUUGAAGUAGAACAUUUAUGUAAAUUUUUGGCUGACACUCACGAUCAACAACUUACAUGCAUUAUAAUACCCAAAAGACUUGCAACUGUUUAACUUAUUGAACAUGUGAAAUCCAGGGACUUGCCCAUCAUAGUUUUUUUUAUGGAAAAACUAAGAUUUUCCAGUCACCCAAGAGAAAAAGUAAAGCCCAAGAGAGCAGCGGGCACUGCUAGAGCACAGCCCUUCAGUGAUAUUCAAAGAGUUUUUGUAGUGUGAUGUGAUGCUCAUUGCUUUGGUACUAAAGACUUUGUUGGGUAUUGUUUGUUUAGUAGAAGACGGCAACAGUUUAGUGGUCAGGGCAGAAGUGGUGGGCGUGGUGGAAGAGGCAGAGGUCGUGGACGAGGUGGCAGGCGGGGUGGCUUUCAGAGAGCCAAUGUCACAGCAGAGGAUCUUGAUGCAGAACUGGAUGCUUAUCAUGAUGCGGUAAAAAUAAUCACACACCCCACCCCCUUUUAA